AUCAUAUUCUACCUUAAUCCACUGGAAAUAUUAUUAAUGGAGGCUUAUCAGUUCUUCCCCUUCUUUUGUGCCUUGAUUUCUCUUUCAGAAGUCUUUCAUUUUUCCAUUGCUUUAGAUACCUUACUUGAAAGACAAUAUAUGAGUGAUGGUGAGACUUUAGUCUCCGCAGGGCAAAGCUUUGAGCUUGGCUUCUUUUCUACUGGAAAUUCCAAGAACAGGUACUUGGGGAUAUGGUACAAGCAAAACCCAGAGACGGUUGCUUGGGUUGCAAACGGGAACAACCCAAUUAAUGGUUCGAAUGGUUUUCUAGCUCUUACCAAAAAUGGACUAAUUCUUUCCAACCAUACAAAUAGUGUUAUUUGGUCUUCAAAUACAACCAAAGUGGCAGACAGUCCAAUUGCACAGCUCUUAGAUUCAGGAAACUUUAUUGUUAAAGACAAUGCCAUCGUGAGUUCUGAUUCUUCUGAAAUUUACUUGUGGCAAAGCUUCGACUACCCAUCCAAUACCUGGUUACCGGGUAUGAAGAUCACCAAUGACUUCAAUGAUGGUUUGACAUCAUGGAAAAGCCCGGAUGAUCCAUCUCUAGGAGACUAUGCUUAUAGAAUUGAAAAUCCUGAGUUACCUCAACAGGUUCUAAGUAUGGGAUCAAUCAAAAAGUUCCGAACUGGGUCAUGGAAUGGACUUCGGUUCAGUGGUCUACUUCCAUUGUCUGAUCCAUAUUACACUGUCAAGUUAAUUUUCCAUAUGGAUGAAUUCGAGUAUAUGUAUCAACCAGAAAGCUCCUUGGUUAUUAGGAGGAUAACCCUUAAUACUUCUGGUCUGCUUCACUACUAUGUAUUCAGUAAUGCAACCACAGAAUGGGCCAUAAUCUACACAGAACCAAAUGAUCUUUGUGACAGUUAUGGGCAGUGUGGAGCAAAUAGCAUCUGCAGAGCUCAGAACUCACCGAUUUGUGAGUGUCUAAUGGGGUUUACCCCUACCGCACCAGCAGAAUGGGAAUUGCUUAAUUGGUCUGGCGGAUGCAGAAGGAGAAUGCCUCCAAACUGCCAGAAUGGAGAUGGAUUUUCAAAAAUUUCGCCUGUUAAAUUGCCCGACUUGUUGGACUUCAGGUUGAAUAAGACUAUGAGCACUAGGGACUGCGAGAAAGAGUGCUUGAAGAACUGUUCUUGCACAGCUUAUGCUAAUUCAAACAUUACUGGCAAAGGACAUGGCUGUUUGAUGUGGUUCGGGAAUCUAGUUGAUAUUAAAGGUUUCACAGAAGAGAAUACAGGACAAGAUAUCUAUAUACGGCUGCAUUCUUCUGAACUUGGUAAGUGCAGCUUCUUGUCCAGUGAUUCAAAUGUGAGAAAGAGAUUGGCAGUGAUCAUAGUGGUAUCAGUUAUUGCUGGAAUCCUGAUAGCAUGCUUGGGCCAAUUAUCUUGGAUCAUAGGCAUGGAAUGCAAGAACGAAGACAUAGAGGUACAUUUAUUUGAUUUGGCAACUCUCACUGCAGCUACUGAUGGCUUCUCUCCAAAAAAAUUGAUUGGAGCAGGUGGUUUUGGUUCAGUUUAUAAGGGAAGUCUGUGUACUGGAGAAGAUAUUGCCGUGAAAAGGUUGUCAAAGAAUUCACAACAAGGUCUGGAAGAAUUCAAGAAUGAAGUUGUUCUGAUUGCCAAACUUCAGCACAGGAAUCUUGUCAGGCUUUUGGGCUACUGCAUUCAUGGGGAAGAAAGGAUUCUGGUUUAUGAGUUUAUGCCAAACAGUAGCUUAGAUUAUUUUAUUUUUGAUCAAAAGAGAAGUGCAUUACUGCCAUGGAAAAUGCGCUUGGACAUUAUCGUGGGAGUUGCAAGGGGACUUCUCUACCUUCAUCAGGACUCUAGACUUCAAAUUAUCCACAGAGAUUUGAAGACCAGCAAUAUUUUACUAGACCACAACUUAAAUGCUGUUAUCUCAGACUUUGGCUUGGCAAGAACUUUUGGAGGGGCUGAAGAUAAAGCAAGAACAAACAGAGUUGCUGGGACAUAUGGCUACAUGUCUCCAGAGUAUGCAGUGGACGGAGAAUUUUCGAUCAAAUCUGAUGUUUUUGCCUUUGGAGUGCUUUUGUUAGAGAUAUUAAAUGGCAAGAAGAAUAGGAGUUUUACCCAUCCGGAUCACCACCAUAACCUUCUAGGACAUGCAUGGUUGCUAUGGAAGAAAGACAGGGCACUAGAGCUAAUAGAUUCAUGUCUGGAGAAUUCAUAUGUUCCAUCACAGGUGCUAAGAUGUAUUCAGUUGGGUUUACUAUGUGUUCAAAAGUUCCCAAAGGACAGGCCGGUGAUGUCUUGUGUUGUAUCCUGGUUGGUAAAUGAGAAAGACAAAUUGCCUGAACCUAAACAACCUGGUUUCUUCAUAGAAAGAAGUUACAAUGAUGGGGAUGCAAAAUCAAAGAGAGGAGAAUCUGUUUCAGACAAUGCAGUAACCUUAACUGUGCUGGAAGGAAGAUAG